CGAAAACCAAAAGUGUUGCCAGACAGACGUCCUUCAAGUUCUUGCUGUUUUUGUAGGUUAAAUUCAUGUUAGACAGUUUCAAGACUAGUAUAGUUAUCUUAUAUUGUAGUAAUCUGCGUUUCUAUUCUACGGAAGACCAAAGCCAUACGUAUAUCUUCAGUGGUUGAUUGGGUUGAUGCUGUGUUACAUACGGUUAACGUUAGCAGAGGCCUAGCACUGAGCUAACGUGAUAAUUCACCAGCGUUUUCUGGGACUUCUCAGAUGAUACACUCUCCCCACUGCUAAGUGUCCACUGGAAAAAACAGCAUCACAAUGACAGCUCAGGAAGGAGAGGGAUGGGGAGGCAUUAACCUUUCAUCUCACCUGCACAAUGAAGAGUGUAACCAACUCAUCACUCUUCUGAGGCAGUGCCACACAGAGCACAAUGUCGCAAAGUUCUUUGGCACGUGUAACGAAGUGGACCGUGCCAUGCGUCAGUGCCUGAAGAAAGAGAGACUGGAUAAGCGGGAACUCAGCAAGCAGCAUGCCAAAGACAUGAACAAGAGGCUGAAAGCAGGGAUAAUAGAGGAUCUCUGAAGGACAUUUCAAUGCAACUUUAACACUGCCACUACCAGUUUGAAGGAGUGAGAUAAUGAGACACUGAAUUAAGCAUGACACUGUGUAACAGGCCUUCCCUAUGGUCUCAGGAAGGUGACAACUUCUGUCUCUUUGAAAAUUCAAAGGAGUGUGGAUUAUAUAAGUAAUUAAGCAUUGAGGUCUAAGUGUCAUGUGCUAUACAUCAUUUUGAUAUUAUUUGAAAGGAAAGGUUAUUUAAAAUAUGAUGUGCAUAUACCAAUAAUGAUAUGGUUAAGAUGCAAAGCUUACUUACAACAUGUUUGACUCGUUAUCACCUGGACAGACUGGGAUUUACAGCGUUACCAGAACAUUUUUUAGUAAAAACAACAUAAUCGAGAACUUUGGAUGAAAGAUUGCUGUUAGGCAGAAGCCUUCCAUCAAACUGUUGAAGUUAGCAAGACACCUCAGGACUAUUCUUCUACCAUCGUCUUGGGAUUCCAAAGCCAAGCAAAAAAAAAAAAAGAGAAAUCAGUAUGAUUUUAAACCAGACCAACACAAUGUCUAAGAAGUCAAUUAGUAAAUAAGUAAGUGACUGGUUUUCUAACCCUAAUGGAGUCUUUGGUCAAAUAACUGCCAAACUGCGUGUUUGUAGCCAAGUGACUUUAUUCAACUACAAGUGUUGUUUUAGAUCUUAAGUGAAAGCGUGUUGUUAGCAAGACACCUCAGGACUAUUCUUCUACCAGUUUCAGGGUAUUAGAGAUGCAAGUAAAAGAUGACCUAAACCCGGAUGAGCAGUGGCUCUUAAUGUCAACACACACCCAUGAACAUGCAGAGUGAACACAUUCAUUUUUGUUUGAUUGUUUAUUUGAAUGGGGAAUCAUAUUGAUUCGUUACAAGUUUAACUGCUUUCAAAUAAAGUGAUAUUAUCCUUAUAUUAAU